GGCUCACUCCUCCAGUCGCGGUUACCGGGCGUGCGGUUGCCAGGAGAGACGCGCGUGCAGUGCGGUGUACAGUUUUAACGGCAGAGCGGCACGGGAUCUCCCCCCCGCCAUUUCAUCGUGUCGAGCCCUGGAAUGUCGAGUAGCGGCUCGGGCUCUUCUUCGCGGAAGGAGUUCGAUGUGAAGCAGAUCCUCAGGAUCCGAUGGAGGUGGUUCGGUCACCCCGCGGUCCCUCCGCCUCAUUCCCCGCCGCUAGGAGACUACUUCCCCGGGAGGAGAGCGGGUGGCAGUUCCGGAGACGGACCCUCAGUUAGCGGCUCAAGCAACUCGAAUUCAAGCAGCGUAAACCCCAACGCGGGGAGUCACAGCGGUCUAGUGGCCAGCGGCAGCGCUGGGUCUAACCUGUGUAACGGCAGCGGCAGCAGCAGAAAGUUUGCUGAUCCGGUUGGGAGUCGGGGCGGUCCGGGAGGAGCGGCAGCUGGAGCGACGGGGAGCUCCUGUCCCCGCUCGUUCAGCCAGCCAGAGUGCAGAAGCUCCUCCGCGGCGCUGUCGUGGGUCUCCCCGCCGCCUCAACGUCGCUCUCGCCCUGUGACGAGCAUGGAGCCCCCCGGAGAGGCGCCUGCGCCCCAGCUGGUGCCCGAGCCACCCGGGGUUGAGGAGGAGGAGGAGGAGGCGGCAACGGCACCGGUGGUUUGCACCGAAGAGAACAACAACCACCCGGAAACAGACUCCAGCUCCUGCAGGACGUCUAACAGCAGUGCCACACUCUCCUCGUGCGUGUCGAUGGAGCCAUGUGCAUGUCCAGAGGAGUGCAUGUUCACUGCUCUGUCCCAUGCUGAUGUCACCUUCCGCAAGAUGGAGGGCUACCUGCGGACGAGACAGCUGUGUGAUGUCAUACUGGUGGCUGGCGAGAAGCGGAUACCUGCUCACAGGCUCGUCCUCUCGUCUGUGUCUGACUACUUUGCUGCAAUGUUUACCAGUGAUGUGCGGGAAGCCAAGCAGGACGAGGUGAAGAUGGAGGGUGUAGACCCUGAUGCAUUGUGGGUCCUGGUGCAAUAUGCAUAUACAGGCCGUCUUGAGUUGAGGGAAGAUACCAUUGAGUCUCUGUUGUCAGCUUCCUGUCUGCUGCAGUUGUCAUCUGUAGUUCAGGCCUGCUGUUCCUUCCUGAUGAAGCAACUCCACCCCUCCAACUGUCUCGGCAUCCGUUCCUAUGCUGAUGCUCAGGGCUGCCAUGACCUGCAGCGGGCUGCUCACGCCUACACCAUGGAGCACUUUCUGGAGGUGGUCGGAGGCCAGGAGUUCCUGCUACUUCCAGUGGAGGAGAUGGAAAGGCUGCUUACAUCUGAUGACAUUAACGUGCCAGAUGAGGAAACUGUAGUUACCUCUUUGCUAACCUGGGUCCGCCAUGACUCUUCCACUCGGCAACGCCACCUACACCGGCUGCUGGCUCAUAUCAGACUCCCACUGCUGCAGCCACAGUUCUUAGCGGACCUUGAGAGCAACCCUCUCCUUCGGGAAAGUGUAGAGUGCCAACGACUCCUGAUGGAGGGGAUGAAGUAUCACCUUUUGCCCCAACGUCGGCCCUUGCUUCAGAGCCCCCGCACCCGGCCUCGCAAAGCCACCGUAGGGGCCAUGUUCGCUGUGGGUGGCAUGGAUGCUACAAAAGGUGCCACAACUAUUGAGCAGUAUUGUCUACGUCGAGACACCUGGAGGCAGGUCGCCACCAUGAGUGGACGGAGACUACAGUUCGGUGUAGCAGUCCUCGAGGGACGUCUCUACGUGGUUGGAGGGCGAGAUGGACUCAAGACGCUCAACACUGUGGAGUGUUACAACCCACACAGCAAAACCUGGAGUGUCAUGCCCCCCAUGUCCACGCACAGGCAUGGAUUAGGUGUGGCUGUCCUAGAGGGACCAAUGUAUGCAGUAGGAGGACAUGAUGGCUGGAGCUAUCUCAGUACAGUGGAAAGGUGGGACCCUCAAGCACGCCAGUGGAGCUUUGUUGCAAGUAUGGUUACACCUAGAAGCACAGUGGGAGUAGCUGUUCUCAAUGGCAAAUUGUAUGCAGUAGGAGGUCGUGACGGCUCAUCCUGCCUGCGUUCAGUGGAGUGUUUCGACCCCCACACCAACAGGUGGAGCGGUUGUGCACCUAUGGCUAAAAGGCGUGGAGGUGUGGGUGUGGCCACGUGGCACGGUUUCCUGUACGCCAUCGGAGGCCACGAUGCUCCGGCGUCAUCCCUGGCAUCUCGGUUAAGUGAUUGCGUGGAAAGGUAUGACCCUCAGACAGAUGUGUGGACAGCUGUAGCCCCCAUGAGCAUCAGCAGAGAUGCUGUAGGUGUUUGUCUCCUUGGUGACCGUCUGUAUGCUGUGGGCGGGUAUGACGGGCAGGUGUAUCUCAACACUGUGGAAGCUUACGACCCUCAGACAAACGAGUGGACACAGGUAGCGCCUCUAUGUCUGGGCAGGGCAGGCGCGUGCGUGGUGGCCGUCAGACUGUGAAAACACAAACUCAAAUAAUAGAUGGCAGACUGCACAGUAUGGCUCGGCGACCCUCCACUUUGCCACUGUUGACACUGCGGGGACAGUGAGAGGUCUCUCUGCUCACACCAGGAAACAAGACUGUUUGUGAACACUCUUCAGGUCUCACGCUUCAGCAAAUUCACAUUUUACUCUCCGUAAUGCCAACUAUUCCUUCAGAUUUUAGGGAGAUUAGGGUUCAGGUACAUGUCAGUGGGUCUCUGAUGAAGUUCUCACAUCCUGAUACUUCGUGCCACAGAAGUAAACUGCCAGAAAUACAUAUGACAGAGAGGAAAACUGCAGUGUUUAUCUGAGCUCGACAGAACAUCUGUCCCACACAUACAGCAUGUGUGCCUAUAAAUCUACAUGGCUGCUCUCAGCUCCUGUUUCUGCUGAGUAAAAGGUGGAAGACAGAGAGAGAUUGUCAAAACUGCCUCAUCAUGUUACACUCUUGGUUUUUCCUAACAAUAUCUGAUGGUGUGUACUGAUGCUAUUUUAAGAUAUUCCCUAUUAUUUUUAUGCUGCAGUUGGCAAGUGCUCUUCUCCUCUGCUUUUCCAACCAUUACCCGCUGACAGAUGAAAGAAAGACUUUUGACAUAAUCAGCACAACCUCACGAACAGCGGUUCUGCGAGGAACUACAAUUUUCAUGCAAAAACAUUUCAUGCUUCAUCAAAUAUUUCUGCGUUUAUGUCUUCCAUGUUGCAUCAGCUCACAUCUGAAGCCUCUGCACGUUGUGGUAUGAAAUUUAGUGCAGCUUUUUUUUUUGAGUUGCACCAGAAGAUUGUCCAACUUUUUGCUUUGUUGUUUGUUUUAACUGCCAUUUUCAUACAACUGGGGUCCAUUAAGCAGGAUAUUUGGGUUUAAAGUGAGUGUUAUGAUAACGGUGAUAACACUGUGGACCUUUGUUGAUCCCUGCAGGAAAAUUAUGUUUUCAAUUUCCUCCAGAGCAUAAGGUCAGCUAUUUACAGGCAGGGUCUGUUGAGCUUUUCUCUUCAGCUUCCUUAUUUUGCCUCCACUGUAGAGGUUUCUUCAUUUCCUGUGCAUGCGUGCGUGCAUGUGUGCGUGCAUGUGUUGGGUGUUCAGAGAUUGCAGGGAGUAUAUUUUUAUCUCAAAUGAGAAUCUUCCCCUCACCACAUCUUCAAUUCCCUACUGCUUUCUCUUCAUCCCCAUUUUUCCCAUUUCAUCACCACGCAUACACACACACACACGCGCGGUUGCAUGCACCACUUCACUUUAGAGCCCAGAAAUUUCAAGCCGAGAAAAAUGAACAACAGACCACAUAAUGAGACCAUGAAUUUAAUAACGUUGAUUCAGCCGGUGCCGAUAUUUUGUUUGAUGUUGAGUUCAAAGCGUUAUUAGAUUCGAUGCUACUGUAGACAAAAUAUAAGACAUGAGGGGAAGACGAAUGCUGUGGAACAAACUGUGUGUCAGGAAACAUGGAAAAUGCAAAGAUUCUGACUGCAGAUUCACUACUGGAACACGGCACAAAAAUUUAAUGCUGUAUCCUUAACUGUGCAUUUCCUGUCCGUUCCCUGUUGGUCAGCUUUUGUGUGUUUGUGUGUGUGUCCAGUGCAAAGCAAGAGAACUCCAGACAGCGAGAGGCAAAACAGGCUUCCUCUCUGAACUGACAGAUGUAGAGCUAAUGUAGCCCCCAGGAUACACUUUACAAACACACACGGACAUAUCUCGUACACACAAAGACACACUUAACCACACAGCUGAAAGCCAAGUGCCCCAGGAGCCGGCAAAGACUGAAAAGCCGCCCAAAUUUGCCGGCUUGACAUCUAAAAAGCAGAGACGCGCAGGCUUCCAAUUCCCCACAGCUGAGCUGAUGUUUAUUCAAGCCUAAUGCACUGCUGCAUUAUUCUAUUUUCUCCCCCCCCCCCCCCCCCCCCCCCCCCCCCACUUCAAACCUGCCUGGUGUUUAUUUAGAGUAAUUCUCUUUAGAUCACAGCAGAAGUGUGUCAUCUCCAUCGUGUACUGUCGUGUGAUUUCAGCGAGAGGUUAAAAAUAACAUAAAACACAUUCCAGAUCUAACUAUAACUGUAUAUUAUGUACAUAAAUAAAUAUAAAGUCUGUAUGUAGUCUUACUGCAUUAUGAUGUGUAUGUUACACACUUCCCAUUGAAUAUGCUGUGUGUUAUUGUGUUUGUUUUUGUAACAUGAGUUCAGAUGAUGAAGAGAUGUAAUAAAAACAGUCGGUGGGAAACGACACAGCUGCUCAUCUUUUACAAAAUACAUUAUGUAUGUACAAUAUAUGCUGCUGUAGCUAUC